ACAGCAGGACGCAGUUAGACGACUGCCGACUGCCGACUGCCGACUGCCAGGAACCCAUCAGCAGCCAGUGGGCGUUGAGACCAGACCAGAGAGAGCCGCGACAAAGGCAUGGCGGGCCACCAGAGGGACAAGGUGAUUCCAGAUGAGGUCCAUCAAAACCAGAUCUUCCGGGAGCUGUACCUCAAGGAGCUACGAACCCAGAAACUCUACACGCAGUACCACGUGAAUCCCCUCCGAAAGGUCCACACGAUCACAAGAAAGCCCAUGUCUUGGCAUGAUAACCUGGAGGAACCCGCAGAUGCCAGGUUUCUCAAUCUCAUUCACCAUGCACACCAAGGACCAAGAAAGAAAUACCCAGAGACUCAGACAGAAACUCAAGAAAUCGGAUGGGACUCAGAGCCCUUGGUCAACCCUGAGCGCAACGACCACAGGCUGAACCACUUCAGGGUCUACAACGACAUCACGCUCUACAAGGCUAAAAUGUGGAGCUUGGGGGAAGACAGUCGCCGCACAUAGCAUCGCCGCAGUGGAGUCGGUCCUGGUACUGAAGGAACACCCAAGGGUGCACGGCCCAGAGAAAUAAAGUUUACUUCAAAGCCUGA